AUGAAACAUCUGGAUAAAAUUCGCUUAAUCCUUAACAAUAACGCCCUUGACAUUCUUGCAAUUAAUGAGUCCAAAAUUGAUAAUCAGAUUUCAAAUAAUGAGAUACAUAUUGAUGGUUUUAAUAUAAUUCGUAAAGAUCGAAAUAGGUUUGGUGGAGGUGUGGUUCUAUAUGUUCGCCAAAACAUAUCAUUCUCAGAUAGAAUAGAUCUAAUCCCUGAUGAACUUGAGAUGGUCUGCAUUGAAUUAAGUUUACCCUACAAUAAAUCACUGCUAAUAAGCACGUGGUAUAGACCACCAAAUUCUCUGAUGAAUAUAUUUGAUUACUGGGCAAGCUUUUUAGCAAAAUGUGAUAAUGAAGAUAAGGAGCUAAUCCUCAUAGGAGAUCUAAAUUGUGAUGUCAGUAAAACUAUACCUGACCCUCACACAUGUAAGUUGCAAUUUUUAUGUUCUCUGUACCAGAUAGACCAACUUAUUAAAGAAUCUACAAGGCUAACUCCUAAAUCAGCUACACUAAUUGAUUUAAUAUUAACAAAUAGACCAGAAAAUAUUUCCAGAUCAGGUGUCAUUCACCUGGGAAUUUCAGAUCACAGCCUUGUCUACGCUGUGAGAAAAUUUACACUACCAAAAGGAAGGCAAAAAAUUCGUCAG